AUGUGGGCAGCCCAACACACCUCACCACCACCACCGCGCACCAGCGCCAAAAAUCUCGACCUGCGCACUCUCAGUGUCAAAUCCGAUACAUCUGAAGAACCAAUCACAUACCCAAAUCCCACAGACAUGUGGCUCGGCAAACACCAACGUUCCUUACCAUCUUUGUCAUCCGAAAAAUACCAAUACUCCGUUCCCUCUCUCUCCCCAAGAUCCUCAAGCACACCUGGUCACGAAGAAGACGAUGAUGUAUCCAGCCAAGCAUCUGGAUCAACCGCAUUUUCAGCAACGCACCCUGCUGAACAAACCGGAAGGGAUAGAGUGCACAUCCACAUCCUCUCAACGGAGCGAUUUGAGCCUUCUCUAAUCGAUGGUGUCGAGGUUGGCGAUGAGGGAGACGCAGACUUAAAAUCACCAUUCGUAAAUGGGCUUGACGAUGAGCCCGGCCCAGGAAUCCAUGAUUCUUUAGUCUCUUUCCACGCUGCUCAGGAUUUCAAUUAUAUCGAUCGACCCAGAAACGCACAUGGAAUACCGGAUAGUCCGCCCUUGACAGCCAGACCUGGCGCCGUCAACCCCGAAAAUAACAGCAACCAGACUCCUGAAACUCAGCAAAACUUCCCUACAGGCCCAUUAUCAACGCAGCUGCAUACCCUCCUAUCUCAACUCACACUCCUCGAAUCCUCGUCCCCGACGGUAAUGGCAUCAGACUACACAGCCCUCCAACACCGUCUUACCUUGCUUCAAACCGAGAACGCCACUCUCCUCUCCAAUAGAGAAUCACUUUUUUCCUUGAGGGACGAAGACGUCUCAAACCUCAUCAAAAUCCGUACCUUGCUUGCGCAAGAGCGCCGCCAACACGAAGCGCUCCAAAAACUCCGUGAUGACGAUUUACAGAACGUGAUUGAGUUACGCAACAAACUUGCGCAGGCGACAUGGGCAAACCACAGUCGUGCGGCAUCUUCUUCUGUAUCGUCGUCGACUUCGUCACCAUCAGCGUCAUCGAUUAGCUAUAGGAGAAUGGAAAAAGCGCAGUCGGUAUCUGUGUCGUCGAAUCAGAAUAAUGAUUUGUGGCAAACGGCCAAAACGGCGGCAUUGGAGCAGCGGGUUCUAGAGCUUGAGUCUGCGAAUGCGGAUCUUCGCGAUAGACUCGAUAAGAGCGCCAAGGGCCAGCAACAGUCAGGGUCUGAGAUGCAGAUUGUCACUACUACUUCUUCUUCUGCCCUUGCAUCCAGUGGAGGCUUUGAGCAACAGCAGCAGCAACAACCGGGUAUGGCUGCCCUCGCCGAACUCGGUCUCCGCGCAAUGCGAGAACGCGAAAGCCACAAGACCGAAGUCAAUGACUUGGCAGCUGAGAAUCUGAGGUUGAAGCAGCAGGUGGAUAAGAUGAAGUAUCAAUUGGAGACGUCGCAGGCUGUUAUUGAUUGUUUUUCGCAGAUGUUGAAGUCUCAUUGA